GUAUCCACAGAUUUUAUGGGCUUGUUUGGAUGCCGGAACAGGUUAUCUGAUGUUAUCUGAUGAUAAUGCUCUUGGAAUGAGCUUCGAGUGCUUUGUUGACUUAUGCAGUGAUGAAGAAACUGAAAAUACAGAGCUUACAACUUGUAAGGAAACACGUCUAGUGCAAGAGAAAGCUAGGUCAAAUGACAACUUAAAAUUUGGAAGUUCAAAGGGAGUCAUACCUUCUUCUUCAUGGUUAAUGGACCAAGAGAGUUUAUCUGGUAAUGAAUUUCAUGAUCUUCCUACCUUACUCAAUUCCAUACCAUUUUGCCGCCAAUUCUGGAAAGCAGGAGACUAUACAACCAGAUCAAAUUCUGUACCAGUCUCUCAAAAUGGCAAGAACCGCUUACGCAUCCAUCCCAAAUUUCUCCACUCAAAUGCUACUUCACAGAAGUGGGCUUUUGGUGCUAUUGCAGAGCUGCUUGAUAAUGCAGUUGACGAGGUACAAAAUGGAGCCACAUUUGUUAAGGUAGAUAGAAUCACGAAUUCUCGAGAUGGAAAUGAUGCACUACUAGUACAAGAUGAUGGAGGUGGAAUGGGUCCGGAAUCUUUGAGACGUUGCAUGAGCUUUGGCUUUUCAGAUAAGCAUUCUGAUUCUUUCAUUGGACAGUAUGGAAAUGGCUUUAAAACCAGCACCAUGAGGCUUGGAGCUGAUGUUAUUGUCUUUAGCCGAAGGAUGAACAACAGAACAUUAACUCAAAGUGUCGGGCUUCUUUCGUAUACAUUUUUACAAAAAGCUGGUUAUGAUGAUGUAAUAGUACCGGUGGUGGAUUAUGAGUUUGAUCCAUCAACUGGUCUAGUUAUGAGGUUACUUCCGCAUGGUCAAAGGCAUUUCUCUUCUAAUUUGUCUGCUCUUUUAACAUGGUCUCCCUUUGCUACAGAAGUUGAACUAUUGAAACAAUUUGACAACAUAGGGCACCAUGGCACAAAAAUUAUUGUAUUCAAUCUAUGGUUCAAUGAUUCCGGGAAGAUGGAACUGGAUUUUAUUUCUGAUUUGGAGGACAUUAUGAUUACCGGAGCACCUUGUGGCAGGGCGAAUAUGUUAAGCGAGAAGCAUAUUGCUAAUCGAUAUCGUUACUCUCUUCGCGUGUAUGCAUCUAUAUUAUAUCUGCAUCUACCACAAAGCUUUAGAAUAGUCUUGCGUGGACGAGAUGUCACCCCUCAUCACAUAGUUGAUGAUCUCAAAUUUCGUGAAUGCAUUAAAUAUAGACCGCAAAUUUUGGGGAGCAAAGAGGCCGAGGUCAUUACCACGAUUGGAUUCUUAGAUGGUGCUCCAAAGCUUAGUGUUCAUGGAUUUAAUGUCUACCACAGAAACCGGCUUAUAUUGCCCUUCUGGCGAGUGUUUGUUUUUACAAGAAAGAGAGGCAGAGGCAUUGCUGGAGUGUUAGAGGCAAAUUUUAUUAAGCCGACACAUAAUAAGCAAGACUUUGAGAAGUCAACCCUUUAUCACAAACUCGAAAUUCGCUUGAGAGAUAUGACGGCUGAAUACUGGAAGUAUCAUUGCCAUUUGGUUGGUUAUUCAUCACCGGUGACUGGUGCUUCUCCUAAGAGGCCUCAGAUAGGAACUGCCAAUGAACUACAAGAUGCCUCCAGUAACCAUUGCACUCCAGCUAACCUAUCAAAUGGCCUUUCAAGCAGCAGUACAGUAAUAACUACAUUAAAUGGACAACCAAACUUGAUGGCAAUGCAAGUUUCCAACAGUUGCAAGGCUGAUUCUCAAGCAGCAUUUCAUGGAAAAAGAAGCGCAAAUCACGUAAUCACAGCAGAAGUACCAAAGCGGCAGGCUGUUGCAUUUGAACUUACAAGUGGAGUUGGUGGCAAUCUCAAGAUACAGCAUUCAUCUGAUGGGCAGAGGCAAAUGCAAGAGAUUAUUACCAUGAUGCAUGUAAAUAAGAAGCUACGUGAACGGUGCUUGGAAUACGAAAUAGCUCAGAAGCAGCUGCUUCUUAAGGUGGAAAUGCUUAAAAAUGAGCUCCAAGAGGUCCAAUGGACUUACAAAAUCCUAAUGGGUGAUCUUUUAAAAGUGUAGGCUGGGGGAGUUCGUCACAGAGGUGGUAUUUUGCAUCUUCAUCUGAUUUUAUAUAUAUGUAUAUAUAUAUAUUAGCGUGAUAGGGAGACACAGCAUGAUGAAAUUUUUGGUGGUCUUUUGCAAGUUGUAAAUGAUGGUUAGGAUACAUGGAUAUAGGACUCAGAUAUUUGUGAGGCUACUAUGCUUUUUGAAGCAAAUACUCCCAACUUGUGGGCCCUUAGAUCCUUAGGGUUUACUAGUUGGUGAUGAUAAUAGAAUAGAUCCAAGGGUCCAAAAGUUGAAAGUCGGUGCUUCUAAAAGCACCAUAGCUCGACUCCUAUGAUAUUGACCACAGGCACAAGAAUGAAGAUUGAGUUUCUUCUCAUGGCCAUCUCCCCUGGUUCUCAUGGGAUUGUAACAAGUCAAUUUCUUUUGGAUGUACUAUCUUUUCCAUAUUUUGGUCA